GUAGUUAGUUGCAGGAGGCGGCUUCUUCUUUUAGGCUGCUGUUUCAAGCUUGUCUGUCUUUGCUUCCUGCAGUCUCUGGCUGCUGACUCUCCAGUGAUGUCCUGGCUGGACAAGGAUAAGAGUCCACCCCCAUGUCUCAUCCAGAGACUGGACCACCUAGUGCUGACUGUGAAGAGCAUUGAGGACACCGUAGCCUUUUAUUCCAAAGUCCUGGGCAUGGAAGUAGUCACCUUCAAGGGAGACCGGAAAGCACUACAAUUUGGCAACCAAAAGUUUAACCUCCAUGAGGCUGGGAAGGAGUUUGAGCCCAAGGCCCGUAGUCCAGUUCCUGGUUCCACAGAUGUCUGCCUGAUCUCAGAGACCCCUCCAGACCAGCUGGUGGAGCACCUGAAGGCCUGUGGUGUGACUAUUGAAGAAGGCCCAGUGUCUAGAACUGGUGCCAUUGGACCAAUCACAUCCAUCUACUUCCGAGAUCCUGAUGAAAACCUCAUUGAAGUUUCCAGUUACAACACAGACCUGGCUGCGGAGAAGAAAAAGUGAAAUACUAGUUGACAACCUUUCUCUGCUUAUCCCCUUCCUUGCUGAUUUUUAUGUAAGACAAAUUAGCCAUGAUUUUACCUUUUUUUUUUUUUUUUUUUUGCAAUUUUACUUAGAUUUUUUGCAAUAUCUGGUAGAUAGGGCAAACCUAUGAUUUUUUUGCAGAUCCAGAACCAGCAUCAGCUCAUGUACAGGGUCUGUUCCAUUGGAAGCUGUGAUGUGUGCCAAUUCAGAGAAAUGUCCGAUUUUGAUCCCUCUGUUAAUCAAUAGGGGAACAACCCUGGAUAGUGUUAGGAAGGACUCAGUGGCUAAUGUCAGGAGUCCGCAGAAAAUCCUUCAAUGUCAUUAAAAGGCAUGGUAGAGAUACAUCUUGCAGAGUAACUAAAUCAGAGAUGUAUCAUCAGCCACUCCCUGCAAUAAGCAGUGUGCAUCAAGAAUCAGCUCCGUCCAGUGUACCAUGUUACUGAACUCAUACAAGGGCUGUAGUGGUUGCUUUAAUCUUCCCUUGCUCUGCCUUUCACUGGAUGAGGGGCUUGAGCCAGAACAUUAAUGGGAACAACCUCAGCUUUGCAGGAUUUUGAAUCUGAGCCUAGAUAUGAAUUUCUCAGCUGCACAGUUCCUCAAAUCCUAAACUGUAGACCAAAACACUGCAGCCCAAUCCUUUAACGUGGCUAACGCACAGCUAGCCUAUACGUUCAGUCCCACCCAUAUUCAUUCCACAACAGAACUAUAGACAGUAGUUAGCUCUGCAUUGCUUCUUGUACUAGGUAGAUUUAAGCUAGGCUGGGGGGGGGGGAGGAGGGGGAGGAUUUAUCAACAGCAUAGUCACACCUCUGAUUGAACGUGCUUGUGUUCUCAAGCAUAUGUGCAUGAUUGUGUCUCCAGUUAGUAGCCAGGGACAUCAACCACACAGGCAGACAAAGAUCACAGUGGAACUGGAGUCUAUUCAAGCCAGAUCUGAAUUUGGCUCACUGAGAACAGGUGUGUUGCUCUGCCCUUCCCUUGUUGGUCUCUCAGAAUAGAUCAGGCUGGGGAGAGGAUGAGCCAUAGUGAAGAACCUGGCCCAGCUCACCUCAUUAAGAAAAAAAGCAUCCGAGCAAAUUUGCUCUAAGUGAUAUUGAGCUCACUGUGUUUGGACUGAGUUUGUAACAAGGUUCUUUCCUGACACAUUACACAACAGUUCUGCAUUUGGAGAGUCUGAUCAUCAGUGUUUUAUGCCCCCCCCCCCCCCCCAACCUACAGAACUAGAGGAACUUCCUGUGCCUCAUCAACAGAAUUGCUUCCCUCUGGGAGUCACUUUCCAUAACAUCCCAAUCCAUAGAGAUGCAGAGGUGCAUGCAAUAAGAGUUACUUGCCUAAAUACCUUUGAGCCUGAGGACUUAAUACAGUCUGCAAAGCUCUUAUUGCUUGUGAUGAUUCAUGAGAAGGUAAAAAAUCCCUAUCUUAACUCCCAGGCCAUACUUACAUGGACAAGAGAGGGCUGGGGUUGGGGAAGGGAGAUUGUUUUAUUUUCCCCCAACUAAGUAGUUUCACUCCAUUGAAACCCUACCUUGGCCCUUGUCUUAAGUAGCUGAGAAGGGCCUUGUUGAAAAAAAAAAGAAAUGGAAAUGAUCAGUAUAAAUAAACAAAAACUUUAAACAUCCCCUCUCAGAUCUUGAGACAAUUCAGCUGUUAAAGAAGUGACCCUGCUUUUUAUUAAGCAUCAUAGAUAAAAAUCCACAGAGUGGUUACACACUUUCUUCGGGUGGCCUUUCCCCUGCUUCCUCGGGCAGGGUCUUGUCUAGUUGUUCUGUGUUUGUACAGCAACCAACACAGUGCAGCUGUGCACCAUACAUGCUUCAAAACAUUGUACUGCACUUGUGCAAUAGAAAUAGUAGUUAGUGAGGUUCAGACUGUAAGAAAAUUGAAGUUUGAAUCAACUGCUAAGGAGCAGUUUUUUUGUGUUCCUACUGCUGACUCCACAGACAGAGCUGGAAGUAGCAGUAACUGAUGUGUUAUCUACAGUUCAGUCCAAAUCCACCAUUGCUAUACCCUCAAAGAAAGACCCAGCAUAUUAACUGGUCUCCCACUCUGGGCUGGGUGGGAUUCAGAUAUGGAGGGUUCCACUCCAUGGUCACUGGGUUAAAUCCAGCCCCUGUUAUUGAAAGUCAGAGCUUAUCAGGAGUUGGUCUCAGAUCAAUCCUAGUGGAUGCGCAUGGAUGCAUAAACAGACCCUGAGGGAGGAAACCUUUGCUAAAGACUGCUUUAUAGCACUGCCUACAUACUCAUCAUCACUGCAAGAUGAGGUAGGAGAGCCCACGCCCUGGGGAGAUUAUAGUUUAAUAGGCAUAUUAAAACACACAGAUCAGGGCUUUGAGUGAGUUUCAGCUGAGGCAGCCCUAGAGUGUGAGGGGAACUUAGGUUCUAGGGCCAAGAAGUAGAGAUGGGUUCCAAGCAGAGUCACAAAGGAGGAGGGUGAUGGAUGGAAAAGCAGCAGCUUAUUGUUCCAAAUAAAACAGUAUCUAUUUAAAAUAUAAAGGCAUGAAAUUAGCCCUGGGAGAAGGAAGAAUUGGGCAGAGCAUAGCAUAUGAGAGCAAGUGUUGGGCUGGACAAUUUACAUCACCAUUAACAGCUCAGCUGCCUUGACUCUCCUACUGACCAAACGUGAGCUAUGGGUGGAAAGUAGAGGGGCACUGAUACAUCGGUCCAAUAUUGGAUCAGCACCGAUAUAAAGAAAAUUGUCUGUAUCAGAAAUCGACCUGAUAUAGCCAAUAAUUUGACCGAUAAAUGGCCCGUGUAUGCAUGUAGCUGCAGCACAGCACAUAGGCAGCAAGGGGUACAGCCCAGAAGCUUGAAGAACUGCGUGCAGCUCAUAAGUCUGGUGUGUGGUAGAAGGGGAGGAAGGAGGGGGAAGGGAAAAGGUGUGGGGGGACAAAUCUACACAUGCGCUACUGCGCAGGAACUAAUCAGGUAUAAAUUUGAUGCUUGCAUGAUUCAGGUAUCAAAUACAUGCCCAAGCUGGCAUAAGUCACCAUAUUUACUGCAUAGUACAGGCAUGCGCAUGUAGAUGAGCACCCGUACUGCUCAGUAAUGUUUGGUUACUGCACAGUAAUUUAGGUUACUGUGCAGUAAAUGUGCACAUGUAGAUGCACCUAGUUUGUAGCAGUUUGGUCCAACUUGGCCUGCUUAUUAGUCUCUGUGCCUGUGAGACUUAGCAGUGGAACAGUACUGGGCACUGUAGGUCAGGACUAAGGUAUAGUGCAGUUUGAAGGAUACAGUGGAUGUGAGUUAUAGCCAUGUUUGAAGGAUACAGCAUUUAACUAGUCACAGUAGUCGUGCAUUGGCAGAGCUGUGUGAGUGGGCACUCAGGACUGGAAUCCCUGGGGAUUCUGCAGGACAAGCUGGAGGGGCAUCAGCAGAGCAGUGCGGGGGAGCCCAGCUCUGGAAGAGCAGAAUGUACUGCUGGCCACUGCUGUGAGUGGGAGGCUCACACAGCCCUGCUCUGAGUGGUGUUUGACUCUGGUUGGCACCCAUGGACCUUUUUCCAUGAACAUCAACUUGGCCCACAAAUUUAGGAGACUGACUUACAUCACAGCUGGAUUAGUGUCACAUUAAGAGGCACCAUCUGACCCUCAUGUGAGUUGUUGCCUGCAUCCACAUAGAUAUACAUGGGUGGGUUUUCCUUCUAAUUGUGUAUCAUUUAUUGUUUUUAUAUAAAGUGAUGACUAGCAUGAGCUGAGGAUAUAACAAUUUCUUCAUUUGCCUAUGGGAGCAGUUCUCACAAUAGCCACAAGAGGGCAGCCUUGUUAUCAACAUGGGCACUAGUAGAAAGUACUUAAAUGGGAAUAACAUCUAUGAUUGUAUCUAUUAAAAAUCUUCUCUAAAAUCUAAGCAUAAUUGUCAAAAUCUUUAGAUUUUUAUUCCUGAUGGUACUUAUGGGAAAAUCCUGAAUUUAUGAGGGUUGUGGAGAACAGAAGGUUUAUUAAAUCUGUUUCAGCUAAACACAUCUGUUUUGUAUACAUGUAACUGCAGAGGAGGGUGCAAAUUUCAGACAAUUGGCUUUCACUGUGCUAAGCAUUAUUUUUCCAAUGUCAUCGAUACAUGGAUUUUAUGGACAGUUGGGACAGCUAUAAUAUUGAUACCUUGUUCUCACAUAGCACUUUUUCACCAACAGACCUCAGAGCAUUUCACAAAAGAAGCAGCAUCAUUAUUCUCAUUUUACAGAUGGGAAACCGAGUCUCAGAAAGGAGAAGUGGCUUGCUAAAGGUCACCCAGCAGGCCAGCCAGGCCAGAGCCCUGAUGCUCCAAGUCCCAUUCCAGCAUUCCAUCUUCUAGACCGCUGGUUCUCAACCUUUUUUAUACUGCAGACCGGCAAACUCACUCAAAUAAUUUUGGCAGACUGGGUAUAGAAAUAAUCUAAUUUACGUAUUUAAAUUGGUAGAUAUUUAAAUAUGUAAAUUUGUAAAUAUUAAAUUUGUACCCAGGUGCAGGUUGUGGCACUGCAGCUGCAGGCACUGGGGACCCUGCAGGGGAGGGGGCUGCACAGGUGGUGACCUGGGGGGAUCCAGCUGGGGCUGACUGGGAAGAAGGACCUCUGCUGCCUUCCCUAGGAAAAAGCAGUAGAGCCCCUCCCCGCCCUCUGUCCCAGGCAUUUCACCACCUGCAUCUCCCCGCUCCCAGCCAUGGGCAAGGCUGGGGGGUUCUGCCUGGUCUGGUGCAGGUCCCAGUACCUGCUGGGGAGGCAGUGCCUCACCGAGUGCAGCCAUGGCGGUGGGAGUGGGACAGGGCACAUGGAGCCAGCUGCCACCCUCCCAGGGCUGCCCCACUGCCCACCUUUAACCCCAUAUGACUGCCCUCGGCGGAAGCUGCUCACCCGGGUGGACAGACAGGGGUCCGAGCGGGGGGCUCAUGCCGUAACCUGGCAGUCAACUCUUUGUAGCCUGGUACUGGGCUGUGGGCUGGUGGUUGAGAACCUCUGCUCUAGGCCACACCACUUCUUACACCAGUUGUUUUGUCUCAUUUUUUGCAUAACACAGACCAUUAAAACUUACCUGACAGUUUCUUUCGUAUCUUCUGUUUAAGUUAAAGCUUCUUUUAAAGAAAGCCAUCCUAUACUGAUUUAAUGACUGCAAGUGUUGGAAAAUCCACCACAACCCUAGGGAAGUUGUUCUGCUAAUUAAAUAUCAUCAUAAUUACACCUUU